AUGAUUCUAAACCAGCACGACCAGAUGGAUGGGGGGCCCAAGGGCCAUGACCGGCAGGACGCCACAAAAUCUCAGAUGACUGCAUGGGCUAUCGGCGAGAUUGAGAGGGGAGCCAAGACCAAGGGGGUUCAAGGAAAGCCGGUUGUGUUGUUGUCGUCGGCCGCACCGGAUCUCGACCUGGAGUUAUCAUCCCUCACGUUGCAUUUCGCAUCUGCGGCGCGUGUCGAAUCUCCUGCAGCUGCCGCACAAGCACGACGACAACCGGAAGCGACGCUCGUGCACGUCAACUGUCAACUGCCAUCUAUCUGCAGUUUCGCAUACCGCAUCUUUGCAUCCGCGUCCGCGUCCGCGUCCUCGCCCUCAUCCUCGUCUUCCCUCGGUCCUUCCUUCCCCCGGCUUCCAUUCUAUACCUGA